AUGUAUAACGGGCCUCGCGCACCUCCUGCACCUUCGCAUCGGGGCAACCCAUUCCGCCAGCAGCCGCAGCAAGUCCAGCAGCCCUCGGUUCCCUUCAACCGAGCGCCGAUGGAGGAUGAUCCCUUCUGCUGCGGAGGAAAAAACGAGGCCAAAAGAAGCCUUCGGCCCAACGCCAACGAUCCCACGCGAGACGCUGAUACAGGCCGCCCACAUGGCCCUCGUCGGCCUAGCUCGAUUAGCAACGGCUCCCGGGAUAGGUCGUCCUUGCGUCGUGCCGAGUCUGACCGCAGCGAGAGCAACCGUGUCCCCGAGCGCGCCACUCAUCUUGCGUCGGCCAGAUCCUCUAGUAACUCCAUGCAUGAGUCGCAGGGAGUCUCUGCAGGGCCCGAUCCGUCCGCGGCCGACGCGGGGUUAAAUGUAUCCCGCGGCACUGAUGCAGAUGAGCUCGUAUUCGGGGAUCACGAGUGCGUUAUCUGCGCUGAUUCCAAGCCCGCUUCAGAGUUCCCUGCUGCCGCGGUCACGGUGGCCUGCAAGCAUACGCCUGGCGCAUGCCUAGACUGCGUGCAGACCUCAAUCCGCGUGGACUUGGACUCCAAGAUCUGGACCGAGAUCCGGUGUCCCGAGUGUAGAGAGCAUCUCGAGUACGUCGAUAUUCAAAAGUACGCCGAUGAGCGCACUUUUUCACGCUACGAGGAGCUUGCCCUUCGUUCCGCCAUGUCCGAGGCCACCAACUUCAUGUGGUGCGCGCUGGGGUGCGGUUCCGGCCAGAUCCACGAAUCGGGUACGCAGCUCCCCAUCGUGAUUUGUCUCCACUGCGAGCGGCGGUCGUGCUUCCGCCAUAGCGUGGCCUGGCACGAGGGCCUCUCGUGCGAUGACUACGACCGGCUCCUGGCCGAUCCCGAGAACUAUAGGAGCCGUCUCGAGAGCGAGGCCCCGGCCGACGUGCACCGCCGGCGCCAGAUUGACGCGGACCGCGCGGUGGCGCAGGGGCUUGUGGCUGGCGAGCAGGCGGCGCGGAGGCGCCGGGCGGCGAACAGGGACGAGAGGGAAGCGCGCCGACGGGCGGCCAAGGCGGUGGAGGUGGCGAGGAGGAUCGCGGCGCGGAGGAAGCGUGACGAGGAGAAGAGCGCGACGACGAUUCGGAUGACGACGAAACCGUGCCCGGGGUGCGGGUGGGCUAUUGAGAAGAACAGAGGAUGGUGA